AUAAAAAAACACCAAAACCACCUGCAGUUUUUUAGCAUUACUAUCAGCAGCAGUGGCUGUUUUUAUUUAUAUCUUUCCCAAGUUUUAACCUUUUCCUUCUUUUGUUUUUUGGUCUAUAAUGAAGGGGUUUCACUGAAGGUAGGAGUACCUUUCACUUACAGCACUGUUUCUUCUGCUCCAAGAAGGCUACGCAUAACAAAGGUGACUACAGUUAAUGAUUACUACUGUCCCUAUAAGAAUACAUUCACUUAUGUGCAAUGCAGCAUUGGGGGUAAACCCCCAAUAUCCAUAUGUGCUGUGAAUAAAGGGUCACUUGGUCUUGAGUUUGAAUUUGAAGAGUCUGAAGAUAUAGUUUUCACAGUUAAAGGGCCUCGAGAAGUUCAUCUUUCUGGUUAUUAUCUCCCUCCUCGCAUCACCAAAGUUGAUUCUUCCACUCAAACUGAUUUUUGCAAAUUAAAAGCUGUCCACGAUGCUGCUAAUGAUGAUAAUGCCCUUAAAGUGUUCAACUGCCUUGAUACUUGUACAGCUAGAGAAAUAAUUGAGUAUGGGAACGAAAAGGCUCUGUGGAUCAAGCGUCUUGCGGAGGAUAUUAUCCGUAAUGUAGAAAGUCUUCGGCGGCAAUUUAUUAUUUCUGAGAGCUCAUGUGAUGUUAAAAAUGGUGAAGUAGUUGUUCAAGAUUCUGAGUAUUCAGAACCACUUGUUAGAGUUGAGCUACAAAAUGAGGAGGUCGUGAAGCAUUUUGGGGCGGACAUUGUCAACAAAGUAGAUGGUUCUCAACAUCAGUGUAAUCAUCAAGAUGAAAUUGUUAAACAAUCUGCAGAGCUUUCUGAAUCUCUUGCUAUACUUGCGUCAACGAAUACCAAUCAUCUUGAGAAGGAGAAUCCUGUUGCCCAAGAUGUUGCAACUGAGAGCACAUGUGAUGUUCAGAAAGAUGAAGCUGUUGCCCAAGAUGCUGAAAUUGAUGGAAACAUGGGAAGGGAACUUUCGUACACAGACGAAGUUGUUCAGGAUUCUGAGCAUUCAGAACCACUUGCUACAGUGCAGUUAGAAAGUGAUAAUGUUGGAAAUGCUAAGCAUCUUGAGGAGGAUAAUGCUAGCGAUAUAGAAGGUUCUCACCAUCACUAUAACAUUGUUGAGAGAACAUAUGUUGCUCAACAUGAAGAAGUAGUUGGAGCUGUUAAGAUUUCAGAACCGCUUGUCAGAGUUGAGUUAGAAAAUGAUGAGGCUGUGAAGCAUUUUGGGGAGGACAUUACCAACAAAGUAGAUGGUUCUCAACAUCAGUAUAAUAAAAAAGAUGAAAUUGUUAAACAGUCUGCAGAGCUUUCUGAACCACUUGCUAUCCCUGCAUCGACGAAUGCUAAUCAUCUGGAGAAAGAGACUCUUGUUGCUCAAGAUGUUGAAAAUGAGAGCACAUAUGAUGUUCAGAAAAAUGAAGUUGUUGUCCAAGAUGCUGAAAUUAGUGGAGACUUGGGAAGGGAACUCUUGAACAUAGAUGAAAAUGUGGUCUUGCUGAAUAUAAAUCCUAGAAGUGAUAUAUCUGAAGAAGAAGCAGGCAUUUUGGAGAGUUCAAGUGACGUCAGACAUAACAAUCUUGAAGAUUUUGUUGGUGACCCUGUUGACAGGAUCUGCUCUAAUCAUUCAAAAAUUGGAGUUGUUGUUGAGAAGUCAAAAGAUGACGAAGCUUUAGUGUGCAAUCUGCUCGAGAGAGCCAUGACCAUAUCAGCUUGUCAGCAACAUUGCACGAUAUCUGCAUCGGAAGAAGAAAAUGGAAAAGACAACUCAGCUGCCUCAAGGGCUGAAAUAGAUAAAAUUCAGGACGGGAUUUUUCUUAAAAAGCAUGAUGGUCAGGGUGAUGAUCAAGAAAUUGAUGCUGCUGUACCUGCUGGAGAUGCAGAAAGGCUAUGUAUUGAAGCUUUGAUCGUAAAGGAGGAUACACAAGCAGAACUAUUGAAUAGAAAGGUGGAGGUCAAUCCAACUAUGACACUUAAAGAAUGCCAAAGUGACCCCUUAUCUUCAACUGUGAUUAAACCAAGAUCCUCUGAAAAACCGCAGAAGGAGAAAAGUAGGAGCCACAUGAAGUCCAGAAAUUCCAAGCUUAUUAGCAAAGAAAAUGAUAAUCAAGUUGAAGGAAACAACUGUAGCACUUGUCUGAAAAUUGAUUGCAAUAGUUCUUCUGAGAUUGUUACACAAGAACAUGUGGAGAAUAUUCUUAGUGGGAAUAGGUCAAUUAAUGGUGAUUUGGUGCAUAAAGCAAAGCAGAAGCUAGAUGUUAGUGUAAGCAUUACUGCUGACAAGCUGAAUGAUAAAACUGCGGAGUUGGAGGUCAUAAAUAUGCAAAAGCUAGAGAAAAAGAAAAGGAAGAAAGAGCAUCAGGUUGCGAAAUACAUUGAGGACAAUUGUGAAAUCAGGCAUGCUCAUGGUGAUUUGUUAGACGAAGAUGUAUCUGAACCACCUACACAGUUGGCGGUUAGAGACAUGCAAAAGCUUGAAAAGGAGAAGAAAAAGAAAAGAAAGCAUCAGGAGGUGGAGAACAUGGAGGAUGAGUUCAGAAACAGGCAAUUUCUUGUAUCUUUAGUGUCAGAUGAGCAGGAUCCAGCGAAUGUUAGAGAAGUUCAGACAGACGAAAAGUCCACUGAGAAUGAUAUUAGUUCUGGAAAGAUAGUUCUUCCUUUAGUUGCUGACCCUGCAAUUUCAAAUUUGGAGAAUAAAAUGCAUGUGGAUGGUGAUUCUACCCUCAUGGAGAAGAGAAAGUCAAAGAAGAAAAAUGCUGAAUCAGGAGUGAGCAUGACUGAUGACAAGCUCAAUAAUAUACCUAUUUCAUCUAAAGAGUUGGAGAUCGAAAACGAGCAAAAACGUGAAAAGAAGAAAAGGAAAAGAGAGCAUAAGGAUGCAAAGAGUAUUGAGGAUGGUUGCACAAACAGGCAUGUGUCUUUAGCCUCUAAAAAGCCGGACCCAGAGGAUGUUAGUAAAGUUGAGAUAUGUAAGAAAUCCUCUGAGAAUGGCAUUAGUUCUGGAAAGCAGGUUCUUCCCCUAGAUGCUGACUCUGUGGUAACAAAUUCAGAGAAAAAAAUGUAUCUUGAAGGUGAUUCUAUCCCUAAGGAGAAGAGAAAAUCAAAGAAGAAAAAGGUGGAAGGAAAAGUGAGCAAGACUUAUGAUAAGCUCAAAGAAAUAGACGCGUCAUCUAAAGAUUUAGUGGUUGAAAACAUGCAAAAACGUGUAAAGAAGAAAAAGAAAAGAGAACGUAAGGAUGUGAAAAGCAUUAACGGUGGUUGCACAAACAGGCAAUUAGUUUCCUCUGCUGCAGUCCUGGGAGAGGAGAGAUCGGAGGAGGAGAAUGUUGCGGCUGCAAAGAUGAAAGGAAUUUCCACUGAGGAACAAAUUUGUUCACGGACAAUUGUUCUUGCCCUCAGUGCUUGUCAACCCAAAAAUGUCACAAAAAGAAAUAAAUUUGUAUUCUGCACCAAGUGAGGGCCUUUUGAAGGAAAGUGCACUACUAACUAGUAGUUUGAAAUGGAUACAUACAAUGUUUGACAAGUUGACAAUUUCUGGACCUUUAAAGAAAGGAUUAUCCAUAAAAGGUUAAUGUUUCAGGCUGUUUAAACGGUCUUUUAUGUCAAAGUUGAAGGCAAAAUUUCACCUUUGCCAUUACUAGUGAGGUAAUGCCUGCAUUAAUAUGGGGUUCUUUUCUCUUUUUCUAAGAAUGAUGAACAAAUCUCUAUGCAUUCGAUAGUAUAAAAUGGAUGAACCAACUCCCAAUAUGUAUUGGUACUUAUUGGUAUAGAAUAGAUCACUCUCUUUUCUUUGUU